AUGGAUUAUGGUGGUGGAGCUGUGGAUUAUGGUGGUGGAGAUGUGGAUUAUGUUGGUGGAGAUGUGGAUUAUGUUGGUGGAGAUGUGGAUUAUGGUGGUGGAGCUGUGGAUUAUGUUGGUGGAGAUGUGGAUUAUGUUGGUGGAGAUGUGGAUUAUGUUGGUGGAGAUGUGGAUUAUGUUGGUGGAGAUGUGGAUUAUGGUGGUGGAGCUGUGGAUUAUGGUGGUGGAGAUGUGGAUUAUGUUGGUGGAGAUGUGGAUUAUGUUGGUGGAGAUGUGGAUUAUGUUGGUGGAGAUGUGGAUUAUGGUGGUGGAGAUGUGGAUUAUGGUGGUGGAGAUGUGGAUUAUGGUGGUGGAGAUGUGGAUUAUGUUGGUGGAGAUUUGGAUUAUGUUGGUGGAGAUGUGGAUUAUGGUGGUGGAGCUGUGGAUUAUGGUGGUGGAGAUGUGGAUUAUGUUGGUGGAGAUGUGGAUUAUGUUGGUGGAGAUGUGGAUUAUGUUGGUGGAGAUUUGGAUUAUGUUGGUGGAGAUGUGGAUUAUGGUGGUGGAGAUGUGGAUUAUGUUGGUGGAGCUGUGGAUUAUGUUGGUGGAGAUGUGGAUUAUGGUGGUGGAGAUGUGGAUUAUGGUGGUGGAGCUGUGGAUUAUGGUGGUGGAGAUGUGGAUUAUGGUGGUGGAGCUGUGGAUUAUGUUGGUGGAGAUGUGGAUUAUGGUGGUGGAGCUGUGGAUUAUGGUGGUGGAGAUGUGGAUUAUGGUGGUGGAGAUGUGGAUUAUGGUGGUGGAGCUGUGGAUUAUGGUGGUGGAGCUGUGGAUUAUGGUGGUGGAGAUGUGGAUUAUGUUGGUGGAGAUGUGGAUUAUGUUGGUGGAGAUGUGGAUUAUGUUGGUGGAGAUGUGGAUUAUGGUGGUGGAGCUGUGGAUUAUGGUGGUGGAGAUGUGGAUUAUGUUGGUGGAGAUGUGGAUUAUGUUGGUGGAGAUGUGGAUUAUGUUGGUGGAGAUGUGGAUUAUGGUGGUGGAGCUGUGGAUUAUGGUGGUGGAGAUGUGGAUUAUGGUGGUGGAGAUGUGGAUUAUGUUGGUGGAGAUUUGGAUUAUGUUGGUGGAGAUGUGGAUUAUGGUGGUGGAGCUGUGGAUUAUGGUGGUGGAGAUGUGGAUUAUGUUGGUGAAGAUGUGGAUUAUGUUGGUGGAGAUUUGGAUUAUGUUGGUGGAGAUGUGGAUUAUGGUGGUGGAGAUGUGGAUUAUGUUGGUGGAGAUGUGGAUUAUGUUGGGGGAGAUUUAGAUUAUGUUGGUCUAGCUGUGGAUUAUGGUGGUGGAGAUGUGGAUUAUGUUGGUGGAGAUGUGGAUUAUGGUGGUGGAGAUGUGGAUUAUGGUGGUGGAGAUGUGGAUUAUGUUGGUGGAGCUGUGGAUUAUGUUGGUGGAGCUGUGGAUUAUGGUGGUGGAGAUGUGGAUUAUGUUGGUGGAGCUGUGGAUUAUGUUGGUGGAACUGUGGAUUAUGGUGGUGGAGCUGUGGAUUAUGGUGGUGGAGAUGUGGAUUAUGGUGGUAGAGAUGUGGAUUAUGGUGGUGGAGAUGUGGAUUAUGUUGGUGGAGAUGUGGAUUAUGUUGGUGGAGAUGUGGAUUAUGGUGGUAGAGAUGUGGAUUAUGGUGGUGGAGAUGUGGAUUAUGGUGGUGGAGAUGUGGAUUAUGUUGGUGGAGAUGUGGAUUAUGGUGGUGGAGAUGUGGAUUAUGGUGGUGGAGAUGUGGAUUAUGUUGGUGGAGAUGUGGAUUAUGGUGGUGGAGAUGUGGAUUAUGGUGGUGGAGAUGUGGAUUAUGGUGGUGGAGAUGUGGAUUAUGGUGGUGGAGAUGUGGAUUAUGGUGGUGGAGAUGUGGAUUAUGGUGGUGGAGAUGUGGAUUAUGAUGGUGGAGAUGUGGAUUAUUGUGGUGGAGAUGUGGAUUAUGUUGGUGGAGAUUUGGAUUAUGUUGGUGGAGAUGUGGAUUAUGGUGGUGGAGAUGUGGAUUAUGGUGGUGGAGAUGUGGAUUAUGUUGGUGGAGCUGUGGAUUAUGUUGGUGGAGAUGUGGAUUAUGGUGGUAAAGAUGUGGAUUAUGGUGGUGGAGAUGUGGAUUAUGUUGGGGGAGAUGUCGCUUAUGACAGAACACAGACUAAAGGGAAAGAACUCAGACUAAAGGGACAGAACACAGACUAA